GGAGAGUAAGCCCAGCGCGCAGCGUGCGUGCUGACGUCACUUCCUGCCGUUCCCAAAAUGGCGGCGCGCAGAGUUCUCCGGCUCGCGGAGCGCCAGGCGAGAUCGCUCCGCCCCUUGCCCCGCCCACCGCAGCGGAUCGGCCAAUGGCGAGAGGCCCAGGGCCUCUCCCCGAGUCCCUCCGGGCCUGGACCCCUCAGGGACCUCCCGGAUUGGAGCUUUUCGGACGGGCGCCCCUCCCCCCCCUGGCGGGGACAGGAACGGAGAAUCAGCGAGAGCCGAGAGCUGAUGGUGAAAAGGCUCCGCCCCCACCUGAGGCUCUGCCCACUUCUGGCCACGCCCACUCACCUUAUAAGAAGAAUGCAUGAUAUGCAGAUUUAUGCAAAUGAGAUGGAAAAUAAAAGCGGUUUUGUCGCUACGAAUGCGGACCGGCGGUUACUGGUUUGUACUGGGAGUUACUGGUUUGUACUGGGAGGGACUGGGGGGCAGGUGUGGCUCCGCCCACAUAGUUAAUAUGCAGAUUUAUGCAAAUUAGAUGCAAAAUUUACAACCUACUCCCUCGCUACUAAUUGGGAGUGCGGGUUACUGGUUUAUACUGGUUUGUACUGGGAGGGGGACACGAGGCAUCAGUUCACAUCCACCUCAUUAAUAUGCAAAUUUAUGCAAAUGAGGCGCAAAUUAAAAGUUUUUAGCCUCAAUGCAAAUCAAUAUUGGGCGUUACUGGUUUAUACUGGGAGGAACUGGGAGGGGGCGUGGCCACACCCCUUUCCCAUGUUCACCUCAUUAAAUAUGCAAAUUUAUGCAAAUGAGGCACGAAUUAAAAAUUGUUGCCUCAAUGCAAAUCAAUAUUGCGCGUUACUGGUUUGUACUGGGAGGAACUGGGAGGUGCGUGACCAUGCCUCAUUAAAUAUGCAAAUUUAUGCUAAUUACAUAAGAAACAAAGUGGACGCCAUUCCUGCAAAUUGGGAGCGCUUCUAACCCAGCCCGCCCGCCUCAUUAAUAUGCAAAUAUAUGCAAAUCCAGCCA